AUGUCACUGCUUAGUGUGAGGCUUUAGACCUACUACGCAGGCGUCGUCUCGUCGUAACCUGGUCACCUUGGAGAGUUAGGAACAUCGCCAAAAGCCACCUCUGCCUCGGUCGGCUCUUCUCUCUCCCAGCCCUUAGGUUUGGGGACCAGGCGAUUACCUAUGAGUAUGUAGUGUUUGGCUCUCUCUUCCUUCCGUUCACUCCAGCCACUUAUAGCCCUUCCAAGUCAAAGUUAGACUACGGGACUGAAAGUCUGGGAAGUCCGUAGUCUGGCUGGCUGUUUGGCGUUGAGUAGUGAGUUCUCGGUUUCCGGGGGUAUUUAAGCAAAGAAUGGAAUUUGGUGGUGGUGCAGACGAAGCGAUUCCUAAACUGGAUGAUGUAAUAGAUAACCUCUUUAAAAAGCCACUUCUAGCCCUGAAAAGUAUGAUGCUAUCGUAGAGUUUGACCGGAGAACAUAAACCUCCAGCAAAGACUCGGCCGGCCCUUUCCACUCAAAGCUAAAAACGGAGGGGGGCGGGGGGAGUGUAUCAGAUUUACAUAUAUAUGGCGUUACUGUCACUGAGCUAGACCUGCAGAAGCUUCGCCCAAACCGGGCAGGCCAUCUCGAUACUUCCUGAUUCUCACGCUCCUGAGUUUUCAUCCUCUACGGCUCUUUGCGUACACGCACCGCUGCAAAGACAGUUUCGGUUCCAAACCAAAGCGGUUCCUUAUCAGCCAGUCAUCACCAAGAACAAUAUGCGAAAUAAAUCCCGAUAGAAACACUUGUUUGGGCCUGGAAACCCAGAAACAAGAGUCGAUUUGUCUCCUUAAAGACCUGAAGGGGACUUCCCAUUUCCGAGAAACCUGAAGGUGAUGAAGUGGUGGUGGUAACUUAGAAGCCUGGCCUGCUCGCGUUUUGAAAAGAUCGCACGGGACCUUGGCCUGAGAGCUGGGAGCCUGUGAAGUGACUGUGUUGAAGAUGAAGCUGUGGAUAACGACGUUUUCAAAAACUGCAGCAAGAUUGCUUUCUAUAGGCGUCAGAAACAGCAGCUGUCCAAGAAGUCCACCUAUCGGGCAUUACUAGACUCAGUCACAACAGACAAAGAUAGCACCAAGUUCCAAAUCAUCAAUGAAGCAACUAAGAUCAGAUGCCAGAAACAGAGCCCACCAGAUCUGGAUGCCUUCAAAGGAAAAGAAGCCACAGUCCAGGGGGACCUAUGGGAUCUCAGCACAAGACAGCACAUGGCCCAGAAUGGAGCUGAGGGGCCCAACAAGCAAGGGCAAGUUACCCAGGAUGUCAGCAACAUGGCUCUCAAGACCGAGAACUUUGAGGACCCCUUGGAACGGACUCCAUUUUCAGCCUGUUUGCAGGUUUUCAACAGAGACAACACUUCUAGCAGCUUCUCUAAAGGUUCCUCUUUUGGCUGAAGUUUAUGGUAUAGAGGGAAAUAUUUUCAGGCUUAAAAUCAAUGAAGAAACUCCUCUGAAGCCCAGGUAUGAAGUCCCCGAUGUCCUCACAAGUAAGCCAAGCACUGUAAGGCUGCUUUCAUGCUCUGGGGAUACAGGCAGUUUGGUACUAGCAGAUGGAAAAGGAAAUCUUAAGUGUCAUAUCACAGCAAACCCAUUCAAGGUUGACUUGGUGUCUGAAGAAGAGGUUGUGAUGAACAUAAACUUGCUAGGCCAAUUAUACUUUGAGCAUCUGCAGGUUCCUCUCAAGCAAAGAACUACCAAAGAAAAUGAAGAGGAUGCAUCAGUUGACACCUCUCAGCAAAAACAAGAGGAUCUGGGCCUGUGGGAGGAGAAAUUCAGAAAUUUUGUGGACGUUAAAGUUAACGGUCCUACAUCCAUUGGUUUGGAUUUCUCCUUGCAUGGAUUUGAGUAUCUCUAUGGGAUCCCGCAACAUGCAGAGUCACACCAACUUAAAAAUACUAGUGAUGGGGAUGCUUACCGCCUUUAUAACCUGGAUGUCUAUGGAUAUAAAAUAUAUGACAAAAAGGGAAUUUAUGGUUCUGUGCCUUAUCUCCUGGCCCACAAACAGGGCAGGACUUUGGGCAUUUUUUGGCUGAAUUCCUCAGAAACACUGGUGGAGAUCAAUACAGAGCCUCAGGUAAAGAUGGGCCCAGUUGCUGCUAAACAAGAGGUCAGACCUCGAACUGAUGUGCACUGGAUGUCAGAGAGUGGAAUCAUUGACGUUUUUCUGCUGAUAGGACCUACACCUUGUGACGUCUUCAAGCAGUACUCAUCCCUUACAGGCACACAAGCCAUGCCCCCUCUCUUCUCCUUGGGGUACCAUCAGUGCCGCUGGAACUAUGAAGAUGAGCAGGAUGUAAAAGCAGUGGAUGCAGGAUUUGACAAACAUGACAUUCCUUACGAUGUCAUAUGGUUGGACAUAGAGCACACUGAGGGCAAAAGGUACUUCACCUGGGACAAGAAAAGAUUCCCAAACCCCGAAAGGAUGCAAGAGCUGCUCCAGAACAAAAAACGUAAGCUUGUGGUCAUCAGUGACCCCCACAUCAAGAUUGACCCUGACUACUCAGUGUAUGCUAAGGCCAAAGAACAGGGCUUCUUUGUGAGAAAUCAUGAAGGAGGAGACUUUGAAGGGGUGUGCUGGCCUGGACUCUCCUGUUACCUGGAUUUCACCAAUCCCAAAGUCAGAGAAUGGUAUUCAAGACUUUUUGCUUUCUCUGCUUAUCAGGGAUCUACUGACAUCCUCUACAUAUGGAAUGACAUGAAUGAGCCUUCUGUCUUUAGAGGGCCAGAGCAAACCAUGCAGAAGAAUGCCAUUCAUCAUGGCAACUGGGAGCACAGAGAACUUCACAACAUCUAUGGUUUUUAUCAGCAAAUGGCUACUGCAGAAGGAUUGAUACAACGAUCUAAGGGAAAGGAGAGACCCUUUGUUCUUACACGUUCUUUCUUUGCUGGAUCACAAAAGUAUGGUGCUGUGUGGACAGGAGACAACAGAGCAAAAUGGAGUUACCUGAAAAUUUCUAUCCCUAUGUUACUCACUCUCAACGUUACUGGGAUCUCUUUUUGUGGAGCUGAUGUAGGCGGCUUCAUCGGGAAUCCAGAGGCAGAGCUGCUAGUACGUUGGUACCAGGCCGGAGCCUACCAGCCCUUCUUUCGUGGCCAUGCCACCAUAAAGACAAAGCGACGGGAACCUUGGCUCUUCGGGGAGGAACACACCCGGCUCAUCAGAGAAGCCAUCAGAGAGCGCUACGCCCUUCUGCCCUAUUGGUAUUCUCUGUUCUACCGCGCACACGUGGCUUCCGAACCCAUCAUGAGGCCUCUGUGGGUAGAGUUUCCUGAUGAAUUAGAGACUUUUGGUGUGGAAGAUGAAUACAUGCUGGGAUGUGCUUUAUUGGUUCAUCCGGUCACAGAGCCAAAAGCUACUGUGAUUGAUGUGUUUCUGCCGGGACGAAAUGAGGUCUGGUAUGACUCUAAGACAUUUGCUCAUUGGGAAGGAGCAUGUACUGUGAAGAUCCCAGUAGCCUUGGACUCUAUACCAGUGUUUCAACGAGGUGGAAGUAUAGUACCAAUAAAGACAAGGAUAGGAAAAUCCACAGGCUGGAUGACUGAUUUCCCAUAUGGGCUCCGAGUGGCUCUAAGCACUAAGGGUUCUGCUGUGGGUGAAUUAUAUCUCGACGAUGGCCAUUCAUUCCGAUACCUUCACCAGAAGCAAUUCUUGCACAGGAAGUUUUCAUUCUCUUCAGGUGUUUUGACCAACAGUUAUGCUGACAAGAGUGGUCAUUAUCCCAGCAAGUGUGUGGUGGAGCAGAUAUCUGUCCUAGGCCUCAAGGAGCAGCCGUCGUCUGUGACCACCCAUUCAUCUGAUGGUAAUAAUCAGUCUGUGGCUUUUACAUAUUGUGCCAAAACGUCCUCCUUGAGCCUGGAGAAGCUCUCACUGAACAUUGGCGCUGACUGGGAGGUACACUUUAAAUGACAGAGACGUGCAUCUGGGGACAAACGCAAGGAGCAACUGCACCAAUCAACCUUUCCCUUGGUCUUUUUCGAGAGUUAUGCUGCAUACUAAUUGACUUCUCUGGCUCAAAAUAAUCUUUCAUUAAUCAUCAAUUUACUAAUAGACAAUAGAUUCCAGAUUUUACAUUUUUAGAUGUAUUAGUAAUACUCUUUGUGUCAAACAUCAUCUCUUGUAGGUGCAGGGAGCCCUGAGACAUUAAUAGAGUUCCACUGCUUCUUGGGUCAUGGCCCUUUGGUAAGCGCUGCAGCCCAGUGAUUGGCUUUUCUUUGAGCUGGAUGGGUUUGUUUUACAUGAGAUGUGGGCCCACCUUGUGUGGCCCAUUUGUGGAAGCUUGCCUUAGGCCAUGCAGCAGAGUCACUCUGGCUACAGCCGCUGAGUUGCUCGAGGCCUGUCUCCAGUGGACAGCAGCCUCUGGUAUCCCCCCCACAGUUAUCUUUCACCCCCUUAGACAUGGGAAAAAUAACCCUUUUCUGCUCGUACUCCAUACAAUGCAGCAACAGGGAGUUAUUCUCCCCUAGAGAUUGACUCAGAUGUACAAACAAUUUUUUUCCCUAUCAUGCUUUUUGGGUUCCAAAGUUCCAAAUUAAUAUGAAAAUUCUAAUUUAUCUUGUUUUUAUUUAAUACUGUCUACUGACUGAAGAACAUUUAUAACAUGAGUAAGCCAUAAUUAAUAAUAAUAAAAUAAACACCCAUGUCUCCUCCACCAAACUUCAGAAACAGAACACAGGGCUAGGACUAGGGUGAGGCAAGUGAGGCACUUGCCUUGGGCACAGAAUUUAAAGGGGUGCCAAAAAACGCAGUAACCAAAAUAAAUCAUAUUUAAUGCAAUAUUUUAAAAAAUCAAAAUUAAUGCAGAAAUCCAUGGUUAGCCAAAUAUGAAAAUUUUAAAUCCAGGCGGAUCAGUAUUACUAAGUUCUCCUUUUGCCUCGGGCUCCAGUACAGCUUGGCAUGGGAUAGAACAUUACAACAUAGCCAUUCCUCAGAAUGCUCCCUGCUCUGGAGACCCCAGUGGCUUCCUGCUGCUGCCACAGCAUCUGCUGGGGCAGCCUCAUGUUCUCAGCACUCCUCAACACACACAUUUCCUUAUCAGCCUUCCUCCACUUAGCAACUUGCCAAAUGCCACCCCUCUGCCUUCUGCUCCCUGGGCCCCAGUAUCUACUGCCUUCCCUCUACCUAUGCAGAUCUUAACCAUCUGUCCAAGCCCAACUCAAAUCUCACUUUUCCAUUAAAACUUUCUAACUACCCUAACACCCCCUGUACCACGAGCAGUGAUUUUCCCCUUCUCUGAAAUAAAUACAUGUUCUACUUAGCAUUCUCAGGGAUGGUUCCUUAAUGUUUCAGGUUUGUCUGUCUUGUUCCCCUACUAGAUUGUAUGUUCCUCAAAGGCAUGUUAUAUUUUAUCUUGUAUCUGCCAGAGCACCGUUAUACUUAGCUUUCAGUAACUGUUGGCUGUAAAUGGAUUUGAUUGAUUAAAAAGUGAAAAUUGAA